AAGGACAGUAAGCGCCGUGCUGCUUCGCCGGCAAGCUAUUCAGUAAUUUUAUCAUUUUUUUUUUAAAUUAUAAAUAACAACUUAUAAUAUUGUUGUUACUUUUUUUAAAAGUUAUAUACAAUAAUACAACUGUACAUACGAAAAAUAAAUAAUAUUCUUCAUUAUAAGUUUUUUAAAUUUUAACUAUUUAUUGUAACUUGAAAAUUUGUAUUAAUAUACAUAAACAAUAAAAAAAUGAUAAUUAAUAAAGAGAGUAAUCGAGUAUUCGUUGUCUGUUGGAAUCAUCAUAUGAUACCAGCUGAUGAAGAAAUAAAAUUGUAGUUGUUUAGUGCACUGGUCUUAGUCUUGUACAUAUGUACAUUAGUUUGUACAAUUGUACGUAGUGUAUGUACUUGAGAUGCUAAGAAAUUUAAGUGUGACGAAACUUAAACUCAACUGAGAAGUAGUAGAACCAGCAGUACAAGUACCACCAACGACACCAGCACCAACAGUGUACCACCACCAGCACCAGUACCAGAACCAGUAGUGGUAGUAGUUUAUAUCGUGCGUGUGUCGCGAAUCUGUGUAAGUGUUAUUAAACAGUGUGUGUUGGUUUAUAUAUAUAUAUAUAUAUAUAUAUAUAUAUAUAUAUAUAUAUAUUGUACGCAUAAUUAUCAUCAUUAUUAUUAUCUUCAUCAUAUGUAUGUACGUUUAAAAGUGCGUUCCUACGUGGAUGAGUUAUUUAUAACUUAAAUUUAGCGGUCCUUCAUUCAAAAAUACCACAAGGUGCCAACCGUACUCACACUCAUUAUACUCGUUUUAUUAAAUAAUAAACCAAUUAUUAAUCAUUCAAUAUGUGUAAUUUAUUUGAAUUAUUAUUAAUAUAAAACGUGUAUUGAAAAAAAAAAAAAAAAAGGAAAAGAAAAAUCUAUCUAUCUAUAUAUGUAUAGAUAUUUAUUUAUACACAGACAUACAAUAUUAAACGAGUUCGCAGAAGUGACGGAAUAUGCAAAUGAGAUAAAUAAAUUAUUAAAAAUUUUUUAUGUGUGGCGGUUGUUGUAAUGUAAAGUUGGUGAGAUAACGCGUCAGCAAUAGCAACAAAAAAGGCGUGACCUUGAAAUUCUUUGGGAAAUCUUUCGAGUUGUCGUCGUCAAGUGUUAAGUCUCGUAUCCAGUGAUCUUUGUGAUUUUAUCAGUCUCUCAUCAUACUAUUUUUCUUUUUGUUUCUUUAAAUAGAAUUAAACAGACUUAAAAAAAAGUUUUAAAAAAAAACCCCCCGUGGUAUAAAAAUAAUUUUUGUUUUUUAACUAUAAAAAAAUUAGUUUAAUGGAAUUUUUUUAUUAAAUAAUUAAUUAAAAAUAAUAAUAAUAGUAAACAUAAAAGUGGUGAUAAGAAAUGAUCGUAAAGAAUAACGGCCACGUGACUACGAUGCUUGGUAAACACUGUUAGACCACGUGCUCAUCCCCUUUAUUCCCUCUUCCUGCCUUCCCUCCCUCCCUCUCUCCUUCUCUCCCUCUUUCCAACUCAACCACCAGCUUUACAACUACGCACUUUACUUAAUUUACAGCAUUACUUUAAUGUUUAUCUAUAAUAACACAUAAUAUACAUAAAUAAAUAAUUAUUACCCAAAUUAUUAUUUAAAAAAAAAAAAACAAAAAUAAAUUACAAUCUAAAUAUGGAUACGGAUAUAAUGGAUUCAAUGAACGUAUCCCUGUCCUCAUCAUCAGCAUCAUCAGUAACAGUGGUAGCAACAGCAGCAGCUCCUGGAGCAGGAGCAACAGUAACAGCAGCAUCAACAACAGGAGUAGGAGUAGGAACAGGAGCAGGACAAACAAGUACAACAGCUCAAGGCUUAUCGUCAUUUGAAUUGGAGAGCGGAUUUGAGCCUCAGUUACGUGCGCGAUCAAACACGUGGCCUUUGCCACGGCCUGAGGGAUACGUUGAUACCAGUGUUAUUGGUAGCGAUAGCAAUGGUGGUAAAGAUGAAUCAAAUGGUAAUGUGUUAUUACAACAAGUUGCUCUUGGCCAAGGUGUUGGUGCUCUUAUUCCUCUUAAAAAAAAUUCCUCACGUCGUAACGCUUGGGGAAAUUUGAGUUAUGCUGAUUUAAUUACACAAGCAAUUACAAGUGCUUCGGAUAAACGGUUGACACUUUCACAGAUAUACGAGUGGAUGGUGCAAAACGUACCGUAUUUUAAGGACAAAGGUGAUAGUAACAGCAGCGCUGGUUGGAAGAAUUCAAUUAGACACAAUUUGUCAUUACAUAACCGAUUCAUGCGAGUACAGAAUGAGGGUACAGGUAAAUCAUCAUGGUGGAUGAUUAAUCCGGAUGCUAAACCUGGAAAAUCAGCUCGUAGAAGAGCGACAUCAAUGGAAACAAGUAAAUUCGAAAAACGGCGAGGUCGAGUUAAGAAAAAGGUAGAGGCUCUUCGUAACGGAUUACAAUCCGAUGCUGUAACAUCGAGCCCUAGUAGUAGUGUGAGUGAAGGUCUCGAUUUAUUUCCUGAUAGUCCUCUUCACACGAGUAGUUUUCAGCUUUCACCAGACUUUCGUCCACGAGCAUCGAGUAAUGCAUCUUCAGUAGGCCGGCUUAGUCCCAUUCCUGCGGUUCUCGGGGAGCCUGACUGGACUCCAAAUUAUGUUUCAUCUUAUAGUCCAGAACAAUUGGCCGGUAAUCUUGCCGAAACGAUGAAAUUGGAAUCGUAUCAGAUGUACCAAUCUCCGGCGGGGAAUCAACAACAACAGCAACAACAACAACAACAACAACAACAACAACAACAACAACAACAACAGCAACCACCCCCGCCAUCUUAUUUUGAAGCACAACAGUACUCAAGGAACAAUCCAUUACGUUCGGCUGUAUCACCUUACAGUUUACCCCCACAAUCCAAUAAUCACCUUCAACGAUGUUCGAUUCAUCGUUUACAGACAUGCUCAUGUCAAAUGAAUUCAAGUCCUGUAUCGGGUAUGUCACCAACGUAUCAUCAGAAUGAAUCACGACCUUCUCUUGGUGCUCAACAACCUCAAUCUCAGCAGCAACAACAGCAACAUCAGCAACAACAACAACAACAACAGCAGCAACAAUUAAAAGAACAGAAACAAGAACGAAAAGAUCAGACACUAUCGUCACAAUCAUUUCCUUAUUUAAUGCAGUGUCAACAACGACUACAAAACCAAAAUCAAACAGUAUCCGUAAAUUCUAGUCCUUCAGCAGCAGUUAAUCUUUUAGACGGUUCUUCUUCAGAUCUGUCCUGCUGUAAUAACAUAGAUAUAAAUGCAGCUAGUACAAUGAUGGGGGAGUUGAUGGGGGCUUUGAAUAACAGUGCAUUACUCGACGAUCUUAAUAUUAAUAUUGAGGGUCUACAUGGUGGAUUUGAUUGUAAUGUUGAUGAGGUUAUUAAACAUGAACUCUCUAUGGACGGUACUUUGGAUUUUAAUUUUCAACAUGGUAUCAUUGAUUCAGCACUUGAAUCUGUUAACGAUGGUGACACUAUUCAAGGAAAUGUUAUGGGUUCAAAUAAUACUGUCAAUUCUACAACACCCGCAAACUCAUCGCCCAGUUCUGGCUACGUAAACACUAAUAAUCCUACGACACCUACAGCACCACCCUCCUGGGUUCACUAACAGUAUCGAUAUAUAUCUUAUAUAUUUAUAUGUAUAAAUCUAUAAUACGUAAAAACGACAAAACACUCAA